AUCUUCUCUUCUGUUUUGCCCUGUGAAGCGUGUUUCCUCGUUACUCACAAGCCCUUUCUAUACUGUACUUCUUUGUUCGUCACGCCUCAAUGUCUUUGAACCUGGUCUGGGAGGCAGCUUCUGCGAGCCCUUACUCUCCCCUUAUCGCGAAAGAUAGCCAGUUCUUCGUCGGCUUUAGUCUCCUGCUUGCUGCCUUUAUACUUACCGGUCUCUUCGGAUUGAAUCGUUCCUUCACCAGCAUUGCAUUUUUUGGCGUGCCAGCAGCGCUGGCGUUUGGCUUCGGUGCCGUUUAUAUGAUCUGUGCCGUUGGGGUCUACUUACCACCUCUGAUACCCCAUGUACCAUAUCCUGGACAAGCAGGGGGAAACAUGGCAGACGCAGAACCUAUCUUCACAGCUGUCUCCAGCAACGCCCACCACCUCUACACUCUACUUCAAUGCAUCGGAUUCGCACCGAAAGCCACCGUCCAGAUCACUCCAGACGGCAUUCGCUUUUCUGUGGAAGAAGCGCGAACAGUACAAGGCCUCGCAUUUCUUGACAAGGCCCUCUUCACCAGCUACACCUUCAACCCACCCGCCGCUCCCACCACCACGCGUCACGACAAUGACGACGAGGAGCACGACCCCGACUCCCCAUCCGCUGACACAGACUCCAAUACGACACCGACAUACUACCCCUGCUUCGAGAUCUCCCUCACAGCUCUGCUCGAAACGCUCAAAAUCCUGGGCAUCAACGACUCCAUGUCCGGCAGCAGCAGCGGCUCGCGAGCCGGCAGCGUGCAACCUGGGGGCCACAGCGCCUUCACCACGCCGGCCCUUCUCCUCGACCGCUCGUGCACGCUCCGCUACAGCACCGAGGGCAGCCCGCUGAGCGUCACCCUCACCGAGACCGGCGUGAAGACCACCUGCGAGCUGACCACGUACGAGCCCGAGGGCGGCGAGAUCGAGAUCCCGCUGCAGCGCGACGCCAUCAUCAUGAAGAUCAUCAUGCGGUCCGCCUGGCUCCACAACGCCAUCACCGAGCUGGCCGCCACCGACCCGUCCGCCCUCAAGAUCUCCGCCUCCGCCACCCAGGAACCCUUCUUCGCCUUGUCCGGCGCCGGCGGCUCCAUCAGCGAGUCCACUGUCGAGUUCUCCGUCGAGAACCAAGCCCCUGAAAGCACUACUGGUCAUGGCCCGCGUGAGGGUGCCUCCGCCGACGCGGCCCCGCGCGCCAAACGAGCCCGACUCGCCCCGACCGUCACCGAGACCUUCCUGGUCAGUCCGCCCUCGUCGAUGGGCUCGCGCAUCCGCCAGGAUUACAGGUUCUCGGCGGUCCAGAAGGCCGCCCGCGCCAUGGCUGUCGCGAAUAAGGUCAGUAUCCGUGGCGAUCGGCAAGGGGUGCUGAGUCUGCAGUUCAUGAUCGAGUUCGAUGUCAACGGGGGCAGUGGGGCCAGAUUACACGCUCGAGGUGGGUUGGCGCCCGUGGUGAGUUUUGUGGACUUUAGGUUUGUGCCGCUGUUGGACGAGGACGCGCUGUUGUAG